CAAAUACACAGCAUACGCAAUCUCCCACCUCAUCUCUGGUUACACGUAAAAGGAGUUCAAAGAUUAUAUUUUCAAAUCGGCUAUUGUUACGUCCAUUUUUAUUAUAUUGACACUCAUGAGUCUUGUUAAAAUUUAAACAUAACAUUUUGGAGAAAGGCGAUUCGUGUCAGUGGCUCUCUCCUAGCCACAGUUCGCUGUUUCUCCACUAAGUCAAGUUGGGAACCAGCUUCCAGUAUCUUGUUUAGAUCAUGGUGUCAUCUGUAUAGCCUGGUGAAAACGUGGUCGUGGCUUGUUGUCGUAUACCCAUUGUAUCCACGAAAAAACGUGGAAAAUGACAUAAACAAAUUUGUUUGGCUAACAAAAGAUAAGAAUUAUAAUUAUGAUGUUUUAAUAACACGCGAAAAAUGUUUGUUGCAUAGCGUUUAGAAAAUUGAAGUGAAGAAGUAUUUUAAGUGUUUUAUGGAAUCGUUGAAGAGGAAUAUAACCUCAAAGUUGCAAAAAUGGUCAAGGAAUUAUACAGAGAAACUGACAUCGCCCGAAAGAUAUCGGAGGUAUCUUUCGGUAUCGAUAGCCGACACAAUAUGGGAAAACAGGCUCAUAUUCAUGUCGUUAAUAAGAAUUUGUAUGGACAAGAUGGAAAUAGAACUCCUGUUCCUUAUGGUGUCCUGGAUAAAAGAAUGGGUACAUCUUCAAAUUCGAGUAGCUGUCAAACGUGCGGAAAAUCACUGAACGAAUGCAUAGGACAUUUUGGAUAUAUAGACCUAGAAUUGCCAGUAUUCCAUAUUGGUUACUUCAGAUCAAUCAUCGGCAUUCUACAGUCCAUUUGCAAAAAAUGCGCCUCUGUCAUGUUAACAAAAGACCUCAAAAGGUCCUACUUGCCCCGUGUAUUGAAUCCCAAUUUAGAUUACUUAAGUCGAAAAGCUUUACGAAAACAAAUUCUCGAAAAGGCGAAGAAAACUUCGAUUUGUCCCCACUGUGGAGAACAAAACGGGACUGUCAAAAAGGCCGGCUUGCUUAAAAUUGUACACGAAAAAUUCAAGGGCAAAAAAAGCACUGAUGUAGUUUUGCAAGAAAAAUUGGCCGAGUACAGAAACGUUACGGAAGAAAAUAAAGAAUUGGAAAGUAUCUUGCUGAGUGGACUCGUCAACGUUUUGAAUCCGUUAGAGGUUCAAAAUUUAUUUGAGAGAAUUCCGGAAGACGAUGUGCCUCUUCUGUUGAUGAAUCCAAAUUGCGCACAGCCGAAGGAUCUAAUACUAACAAGAAUUCCAGUUCCUCCGAUUUGUAUUCGACCUGGCGUGGAAUCCGAUUUAAAAGCUGGAACAAACGAGGAUAAUCUCACAAUGAAAUUGAGCGAGAUUGUUUUUAUUAACGACAUCAUUCAGAAACAUCGAUGCACCGGAUCGAGAGUUCAGUUGUAUAAUGAGGCUUGGGAAUUUUUACAGCUGCAUUGUGCUCUUUAUAUUAAUAGCGAAGUGUCUGGGAUUCCACUUAAUAUGCAGCCGAAGAAAUCUGGUAGAGGUCUAGUCCAACGUUUAAAAGGAAAGCAGGGACGUUUCCGAGGAAACUUGUCUGGAAAACGAGUCGAUUUUUCGAGUAGAACAGUAAUUUCUCCGGAUCCAAAUCUGCGAAUCGAUCAAGUGGGAGUGCCGAUUCAUGUGGCGAAAAUCCUCACUUAUCCGGAACGUGUUAACCACUCGAAUAUAGAAUUGAUGCGUAAGUUGGUCCAAAAUGGCCCUGAUGUUCAUCCUGGUGCGAAUUUUAUCUUCCAAGGCAAAAAUAAAAUUAGGAAGUUCCUGCGAUAUGGUAAUAGGCAAAAGAUCGCUCAAGAUUUACAGUAUGGGGAUAUAAUCGAGAGGCAUUUGCGAGAUGAUGAUGUGGUUCUUUUCAAUCGUCAACCCUCUUUGCACAAACUUAGUAUAAUGGCACACAAGGCAAAAGUUAUGAAUCACCGAACGUUUCGAUUUAACGAGUGCGUCUGCACUCCUUACAAUGCGGAUUUCGAUGGCGAUGAGAUGAAUUUGCAUCUGCCGCAGACUGAAGAAUCAAGGGCUGAAGCCUUAGUUUUAAUGGGGAAUAAAUCAAAUCUUGUGACUCCUCGAAAUGGAGAACUGUUAAUUGCAGCGACCCAGGAUUUUAUUACAGGAGGCUAUUUGCUAACUCAAAAGGACACGUUUUUGAGUAGAACACAGGCUUAUCAAUUAGCCGGUUGCCUCGUAUCUGGCUUCGAUUCGGACAUGGAAGUGGUUCUUCCUAUACCUGCUAUCCUAAAACCUUACAAAUUGUGGACAGGAAAGCAGAUUUUUAGUUUGAUUCUAAAACCGAAUAGGGAUUGUCCGAUCAAGGCGAAUUUGAAAACGAAAGGCAGAGCCUACACUUGUAAUGAGGAAUUAUGUAUUAAUGAUUCUUAUGUAAUCAUUCGGAACUCUGAACUUCUCACAGGAUCGAUGGAUAAAUCCACAUUGGGUUCUGGAUCAAAGCAAAAUAUUUUCUACAUUCUUCUACGCGACUGGGGUGAAGAUGCUGCGACCAUUGCCAUGUGGCGUUUGUCAAGAUUGGCGAGUCUUUUUUUAAUGAACAAAGGCUUCUCAAUAGGAAUUGGUGACGUUUCUCCUGGACAGGGUUUACUUAAAGCUAAACAUGAACUCCUCAAUGCUGGAUAUUCAAAAUGCACGGAGUACAUUCACCAAAUGGAGGAUGGACGCCUACAAUGCCAACCAGGUUGUUCCGAAGAAGAAAGUCUUGAAGCCGUGAUAUUAAAAGAACUUUCCGUAAUUCGAGAUCACGCUGGUAAAGUUUGUUUGAAAGAACUUCAUCCCAGCAACAGUCCUCUUGUCAUGGCUCUCUCAGGUUCCAAAGGAAGUUUCAUCAACAUAUCGCAGAUGAUUGCUUGUGUAGGACAACAAGCCAUAAGUGGAAAACGUGUGCCCGAUGGAUUCGAAGAUCGAGCGCUACCGCAUUUUGAGAAAUUCUCCAAGACUCCAGCAGCGAAAGGAUUCGUGCAGAAUUCCUUUUAUUCAGGUCUCACACCUCCUGAAUUUUUCUUUCACACAAUGGGAGGCAGGGAGGGUCUCGUCGAUACGGCUGUAAAAACUGCAGAGACGGGUUACAUGCAGAGGAGAUUGGUGAAAAGUUUGGAGGAUUUGUGUCUGCAAUACGAUAUGACUGUUCGAAAUUCCGUCGGGGAUAUAGUUCAGUUUUUAUACGGCGCUGAUGGUUUGGAUCCCACUUAUAUGGAAGGUAAAGACUGUCCCGUCGAUUACAAAAGAGUUCUCGACCAUGUGAGGGCGAUGUCACCUCAUAGAGACGAGGAACCUCUCGAACCAAUGAAGAUAAAAAAAGCGGCGGAGGAACUUCUCAAAAAUGAAGAUUAUUCCUGCCUUAGUGACGAGUUUAAGGAUGAACUGAAAGAAUUCAUGACUUCAGUGGCUAAAAAAGUGGGAAAAAGUCGACUCAAUAUGACGACUAAAACACCUGUGAAAAUGGAACUCGAGCGGUUAACUCUUUCGCAAUUAGUCGAGUUUAUUCACACAUGUAAAGAAAAAUACAUGAGAGCAACGGUAGAACCAGGAACGGCUGUCGGGGCUCUUGCAGCUCAAAGUAUUGGAGAACCAGGAACUCAGAUGACUCUCAAGACUUUCCAUUUUGCUGGGGUCGCAUCUAUGAAUAUCACACAGGGAGUUCCCCGUAUUAAGGAAAUUAUAAAUGCGAAUCCGAAAAUUAGCACACCUAUCAUUACAGCAGCUUUGGACAUCGACACGGAUCCAGAAUUUGCGAGGAGAGUCAAGGGAAGAAUAGAGAAAACGACUUUGGGAGAAGUUUCGGAAUAUAUCGAGGAGGUUUAUUUACCAGAUGAUUGUUUCCUGCUGGUAAAACUUGACACUGAUAGAAUUAAUCUAUUGAAGCUCGAGGUCGAUGCUGAGUCCAUUCGAUAUUCAAUUUGCACCUCCAAGUUGAAAAUCAACCCGAAAUUGGUGAAUGUCCAGAGUGAUUCGAUUAUUACAGUGAGUCCAAGUAAGCAGAAACAAAGUCUAAGUUUUGCGUUGACGCAUCUCAAAGAUCAAAUAGGCAGCGUGGUUAUUAAGGGACUCGCCUCAGUCAACAGAGCCGUUAUUCACAAUGAUGAUUCUAGCGGGCAAACAAAAUAUAAAUUGUUCGUAGAAGGUGAUAACAUGCGUGAGGUCAUGGCAACCCAUGGAGUCCUGGGAAAGAAAACAACUUCCAACAAUACUAUCGAAGUGUUCCGAACAUUGGGAAUCGAAGCAGCGAGAGCCACAAUUAUGACUGAAAUUAAAUUAGUGAUGGAGAACCACGGAAUGAGUAUUGAUAGGCGACAUCCUAUGUUGGUUGCAGAUUUGAUGACAAGCAGAGGAGAAGUUCUCGGUAUCACGAGACAAGGUUUAGCAAAAAUGAAGGAAUCGGUUUUGAAUUUAGCCUCGUUUGAAAAAACAGCCGAUCAUUUGUUCGACGCUGCCUAUUAUGGACAAAAAGAUGCCAUUUGCGGAGUCUCGGAAUCGAUAAUUAUGGGUAUCCCUGUCCCGGUCGGAACAGGAAUCUUCAAACUUCUUCACAAAGCUGACAAGGACGAGCCAGCAAAGCGGAACCUGAUAUUCGAUGAUCCACAAUUCCACAAGAAAUCGUUGAAUACUGUAACCUAAUUGUUAAAUGGAAUUUUGAUAGUUCCGAAAUGAUUUGAAAGUUUAUUUAAUAACAAUUUUAUUUGGAUUUAUCA